AUGAAAAUCUAUGCAAAAUCUUAUGAUGUGAAAGGUUUUGAGAAGUGUUAUAAAAAGGGAAACUAUCCACUACCAGAAGAAGCUCAACCACCUACUGAUCCUGAAGAUAUAGAUGAAUACACAGACGAACAAAUGACGGUCGUUCAGGUUAAUGCUAAGGCACAGAACCUGUUGUAUAACACUAUAGGUGGAGAAGAGUAUGAGAAGAUUUUCAGUCGUGAUACGACUAAAGAAAUAUGGGACAAAUUGGAGGUCACCUAUGGAACCAGCAAAAUGAAAGAAGGAGAAUCCAUCGAAGAAAUGUUCGCAAGAUUCAGCAAAAUCAUUAGCGAUCUGAAAGCUUUUGGUAAACCCUAUUCAAGUGGUGAUCAAACAAGUCAGGAAGAAAAGAAGAAAACUGUUGCCUUCAAAUCUACAACUGAAGGACCUGAAAAUGAUAUUGAUGAUGAUCCAGAAGCCCUUGAAGAAGAAAUUGCUAUGGUAUCAAGAAACAUGGAUAGGUUAAUGAGAAGGUAUAGAAAUACAAGAAGAGAAAGGAUGCCAUCUAGGCGAACUAGGCAAUACAAUGAACAAAACAGGAAUGAUGGAAAGUGUUAUGAGUGUGGAAGGUAUGGGGAUGUUCAAGUUGAAUGCCCAGAUCUUAAAAGAAAAGACUCUAGAGGGUUUAACAAAAACAAAUCCUUCGGAAGUUGGAGUGAUGAAGAUAGUUCAGAACACGAAGAAAUGGCAAAUCUAUGCUUCAUGACCAUCCUGGAAAAUGACAUGAACAACUACUCUGGCUGCUGGACUGAUGAAAAUAUAUCAGACGAUGAAUGCAAGAAAAAUACUGAAAACUGUUUCAUGGCACGAGAGUCUCAAAAAAUAUUGAAUGAAUUAAGGAGACUCAAUCGGAAAAAGAAAUAUUGGGAACUUAAGCUUGAAGUCUGUGAAAUCGAAAGAGAUGUACUUCAAGAUGAAGUUCAGGAAUUGCAAAUGCAACUAAAUGACAUGCGCAAAUCCACCAGUCAUACUUCAGUCAAGUCUAACCAGAUGACUUUCAAGUCAACUGAAAAAAGACUGGCUAGAGCUGAGUCCAUAGGUGACAAAAAUCUGUUCAAAGAAGUCACAAAAAUAAAUGGUGGAAAUGUCAAAUUUAAUGAUGAUUCAAAAGGAAAGAUAGUUGGUACCGGUACUGUUCCAUUCGGAAAUAAUUGUGAUAUCAUAGAGGUAUAUCUUGUAGAUGGACUCAACUACAAUCUUUUGAGCAUAAGUCAGCUAUGUGAUUCUGGAUAUGAAGUAAAAUUCAAGAAAACAGGAUGUGCCAUUGAGGAUGAAACAGAAGAAUCAAUGCAUGUUAUAUUCGAUGAAAAUAACUCUAUGGCCAAGAAAGGAAUCAUUAUAAGUGAUGAAGACACCAACCAAGAAGUAUCACAGACAAAUAAACUACAGAAGUCGACUGAUAUCCCAGCUAUAGUCACGGAGUCAACUAAUGAACCUGUGAUCACUCCUGCUGAACCACAAAAAGAGUCGACUACUUCAACAGUUGAAACCUGA